CAUAAGAGUUUGAUUAUUGUUUUAAUUCUCCAUCUCAAUUACACCAGAAUCAAUCCCUACAGCUUGGGAGAUAGAAGCAAGAUUACACACACAUUAAUUACAUUAGUGAUGUAAUAAUCAUAUGAUAAUUUAGCAAUAAAUCAUUGCCCCAAUUAUAAAGACUGUCCUGAUUCUUGUUUCAUAUGUCAGAACCAUAAGAUGUCUCAAGGAAACUGUGUACAUCUUUCUAAGAUGUCUUGGUGCUGUAGGACAUGCCUGUGACAGUUUUAAAAGGAACUGAAUGCAUAAAGAGGAUGAAUUAUUUAAAAUCGUGGUUGGGUAUACAAAAACAUGAUGAAUCUCCACUUGUCUACAAUCAACAGGAGCAAAAAUCUCUCCCGGAAUCUGAUGAUCCACCCAAAUCAUCAGUUAAGACAGGUACUGAGGUACACACAGUGAGUCGAAUAGAACCAACAACUGCCAGUGAGAGACUGCAGCUGAUUGGGCAAGAUGUACGGAAUGUUAUAGGAAGAGUUAUUCCCCUUGAGGAAGAUGACUGCCUCAGCUGUAAACUGAUUGGUACAACAACUUUCUAUGCAGCAUCUGUGUUUGUAUUUAGAGGGGGGAUGAAGUUCAGACGGCAGUUUACUGGAUUCAAGAGAAGAUGGGCAACAGCAAGUUAUUCAUCUUUUGCAUUUGCUUUAUUCCUACUUGGAACCUCUCGGUUAUUUGACCUGGGUAUCUUCCAGAAGAACUCCAACAAAACCAUAUUUGAGAUGGCUGAGGAGGACCUGCAGUCAAUGGUGGACUUUGUACAAGGAAAAUCUGAUAAAAAAAAAUAACAUGUAAUCAAUACUAAUCAUGAAAGAAGAAGAGAGUUUCAUCUUCUUGGACAGUGAUUCAUUGGAUUUGUCCAAAAAUAGAAGUUGACAAUACGAUGUGGUAUUAUCAUGUUUUUUAUUGAGUUUUCUUAAUCCCUUCCCCAAGAUAUGUAUCUGUGGGAAGACAGUGGACAGGAAAUAACAUGGUGUUGGAGAUGUAGAGUUAUUCAGAUUGACAUUAGUGAUGUCCUGGACUGUCCACUCUUCCUGCUGGUUGUGACACUGCUGCUGUGACCUGUACACAAUAAAAACAAAUGCAGAUUCAUUCCUAGUCAUACAGACCCUGAAAUAUAUAUCCAAGAAUUCCCACGUAAGUCUAGAAUAUGUGGGAAUUCUAGAUUACCCAGUUUCAGGUCUGAAAAUGAGAAAAGUCUCAAGGCUCCUUUUCAUUAUAAUUUAUUUGGCCUUUAAACAAAAUGUUGUGGUUCCGAUUACCUGACUGACUCUUGAAUUCUGGUGCCGACCCAAUUUGUUUUGAGCAGUAUGAAUAAAAUAAGCUUUCAGAUACCAUUGGAUAUUUUGGCACAAAUGGACAUUGGUCAUUCUGAUAGUGAAAGUCAGCAUGAUGACUGCAAGCUUGAUUGAAUAAACAAUUACACAUUGA